UGUUCUGUGUUGAAGGUUUAGUGUCUCAGAUGCGUAGAGAGCUGCAGGUUUAAUUACUGUUGUGUAGUGUAGUAUUUUGCAGUCCCAUGAGAGACUCUUCGUUGUAAAUGUUUUUGGUAAACUGAAAUGCAGUCUCCAUUUUGUGGACUCUUGAUCUGACAGAUUUCUUUUCAUUACAAUUUUCUGCAAUCCAUUCACCUAAAUAUUUAAAUUCUUUUACUCGAGAAAUAUAGUUACUACAAAUUUUGAGAUCAGAAGGUGCAUCUUUGGCGUCAGUCAUAAAUUUUGUUUUUUCAAAUGAAAUUUGUAAUUCUAUUUUUGCUGCCCGCUCUUGUAAUAAUUCUAGCUGUUUCUGUGCAUUGGUAAUGUCUUGGGCGACCAGUGCCAUGUCAUCAGCAAAUACUAAACAGUAUAAUUCUAUGCCCUUACGUUUUGGUCUCAGUCUGUGUGCCGCUGCACCUGCUUUUCUCCAUUCCCGAACAACUUUGUCAAGAGCAUGUUUCAUAAUUUCGAAUUGCAAAUUUUUCAAAUAAGAUGCUGGAAGUAAUUAUUUGGAUUUAAUGAAAUAGUAAAAUAGGUGCAGCUUACAAGCCAAGCAUAAAGUUAUGUUCUCUAAUGAGCAAAAUUUAAGCCACUGGGAAUUGUUGAGAGCUCUAGUGUAGCUUGGGUGGUUUGUUGACUGCUUACGAAAGUAUGUUUACAAACAAUUAAGAGUUGCAUACCUUUGGAGUGUGUUUAAAGGCCAAAACUGACUGUGUGGAUUCAAUAAAAUUCUAAUUAAGCAACAACAGUGGCUUUUCAUUAACAGAACAACAGUUGUGGAAUCAGUACUCUCCAGACGUGGACAAAUUAAUAAGCACCCACAGAUUUCGGGACACCUGCAUCACAUUUUGUAGCAGGACCCAUUGGACAUUGUGCCUCCUAUCGCUGGAAACUUGUCCAGUCCAUGGCAAAGUGAACUGUUUUACACUGUUGUUAGGAAAAUCAUGACAAAUUUUUUUGUUGGUUAACCUUAUGAGAGGUCAUCUGAGAAGCAAAGAUACAAGUUUAACAAAAUUUUAAGACAUUCCAUUUUUCCACAAUUGAUGACAUUUCCACAUCCUCUAUUGUCUGACCAAGAUGCCACAGUUCAGCAGAUCUGAAGCAUCGCACUACUGUACUCGAGAGAAGAGUUCAGAAUGCUACUCGCAUCCAUAUUCACCCAAGUGCAAAUGUCAUAUAAUUUUUUUCGUUUUUAAUAUUAAAUGGAUAACAGCCUACAUUACACUUGUCUGUCCUCUGCUGGAAUUUUGCUGCAUGGUAUGGGAUCCUUACCAGGUAGUAUUGAUGGAGGACAUCAAAAAAGUGCGAAGAAGGGCAGCUCGUUUUGUGUUAUUGCGCAAUAGGGGUAAGAGUGUCACUCAUACGAUAUGUGAGUUGGGGUGGCAGUCACUGAAACAAAGGCAGUUUUCUUUGCGGCAAGAUCUGUUUACAAAAUUUCAAUCACCACCUUUCUCUUCUGAAUGCAUAAAUAUUUUAUUGACACCCACCUACGUAGGGAGAAAUGAUCAUCAUAAUAAAAUAAAAGAAAUCAGAGCUCAAACGGAAAGAUUUAGGUGUUCCUUUUUCCCCACACCCCAUUCGAGAGUGGAAUGGUAGAGAAGUAGUAUGAAAAUGGUUCGAUGAACCCUCUGCCAUGCACUUAAGUGUGAAUUGCAGAGUAACAUGUAGGUGUAGUUGUAGAUGUACUGAAACACCUGUAUACUGCUUGAGGAAAAGAGUGAAGCACUCAGAAGACAUAGAUGUAAAUGGUUUAGAGCUGCAAUUAUCUCUGACAAGUAGAAUGACUACCAGAUUGCAGUAGUGUUGUUUGUGUUUAGUAUUGUUUCCAGGCCUGGUAGCAUGAACAACAUCAGAUGUCAAGUGUCAACCGUGAAGGACAGUGAUGCCACUUACUGUGAGACAGUGAAAUCAGCACCCGACAGAAUUUGAAAGUGGCUUCUCCACUUGCCUGGCUGGUCGAAUAAUUUAGUAUUUAGAUUUGUGGGGCAUUCGAACACGACAGUGUUCUCACAGUGGACUGCGCGGAAAUACGAGAGCAGGUAUACUCUUGGAUACUUACCAUGAGAGGGAGGAUCACCCUACUGUGUGCUGAGCACAUCAUAAACCCUUCACAUUUGGGAACAAAUGAAGGAUUCCCAGCAACAUUCUGCAUCAUCCCCCACCACUGGUUAGAGACCAGGGGCAGGUAGAGUAAGGAAUUAACAUCCCACGAAUAGGCUGCCGUUAAGACACAACACAAACAGCUUCGUUUUGAGUGAUGCCAUGACCAGGAAGCACGGGCUGAUAAUGAAUGGUGUCACAUUGUGUUUGGUGAUGUAUCACAGAUACGCACUAAUGUGGCAGACCACUGUCAGUGAGUGUGGUGGCAAGAGAGGAAAAGUGAUGUAUUCCUGGACUAACGGCAUUGCGAGCCAUCGGGUAUGACUUAAGGUCGUGGCUGGCAGUAACCAAGGGGAAUCUGACGGCGUAACAGUACGUGAUGGGCACCCUGCAUCCUCAUGCGUUACACUUCAUGCAACAGUAUUGUGGUACCAUUUUUCGAUGACAAUGCUUGCCCACACAUCACGUGUCUUCUAUGUGUGUGAUCGUGAGAUAUUGCUGUAACCAGCAAGAUCCCCAAAUCUGAUCCAAAUAGAACAUGUCUGGGCUCAGUUAGGACACCAAUUCUAUCCCAGUGCCAGUAUCCAGAUAUCAAGGACCAAUUACAACAGUUGUGGCCCAGCUUGCCUCGGGAAAGGAUAAAACGACUUUGACAACUUUCCCGACUGAAUCGGUGCACACAUCCAGGCCAGAGAUGGUGCAACGUCAUACUGAGUGUGCUCAUACUGCUAACUUCUUCAUAAAUUUGACUCAACACUGAUCACUGAAAUAAUAUUGCACACCCUCUAUCGACCGGUGAAGUUUCACUUUGAUUCCUCCUUCUGGGUGGCUCACUUUUUUUUGUCAGGCUGUGUAGUCAUUCAUUUACACAACAAUGAAGGAGAGGGAGGAUUAAAGUUCAAUGUCCCACUGAUGAAAUGUAACACUUAGCACAGUUUCAAACUGGAGAAGGAAAUUCUGUGUGUCUUUUUCAAAAGAAUUAUCCUGUCAUGGAGAAUAAAUCAAUCAGUAUCUUGACUCUUCUGAGCACAAAUGCAGAGCCCACAACCCACAUGUGACACAGUAGAAUGAAGUCACCUGUAAGACUCCUGACUCUUAGUUUGGGAAUACUACUAUUACUUCACAUUAGAGUUUUGCCUUGAGGAUACACUAUCAAUAUUGAUGUCUGCUUUAGGAUGUUACUGGAUAUGCCCGCCAAAUAAAGCGGAGUGUUGCUGCUGCUGUAGAUUGUUCACUGCAUCACAUCAUGCCUCAAACCCAUUACAUUUGCCACAAAUGCCAAGUCUUCUGAUUAGAAAAACUUGCAUAUUCAUAGUACAAUCCUGAUCACAAACCUAGCAACUUUCAUUUGCUCAAAUUUGAAGGAACACCUGAAUGAAAACGCACAAGCAGACAAUGAGGAAGUUGAAGAGGGCUUGUCAGAAGGUAAAGUUGCCAAAAAUGCAAGUGUAACUAUUGACACUGGAGUAAAUCUCCAUCUCCAAGUUUUGGCUGGAUAGAACAGGACACAGUUCCUGAUCAGAUUGAACCAAUUCGAUUGUUCAUAUUACUCUAUAUUUGUUUGCAAUUUUCACAGUUAUAAACUAAUGCUGCAGUGUUUGUCUUUGUAUACAACAUGUCACAAAUUCAGCUGAGUAAAAAAAGAAAAAAAAGAGUUGUUUUCACAUAUUUAUUUACAUACAUAUGUCAACUUCCAGAUUUUCUUUUGUGCGAGAUCGUGUAUGUGCCACAUAGGUCUGAAUCGAAAUUCUACUUUCUAAUAUUUUACUGUUCAUGUUGUUUUCACAUCAUCUCUCAUUGACUGUGUCAAUGCUUGUUUCCAUUGUGAUAUACUUUGCAUUUUCGAACAUUUGCGAGUGUCGCACAAAAAAAUCAUAUUGUAUUGAGAACUGAAAACUUAAUUUGCACUUUUUAAAAGCUGUUGGCAAUGGAGUCCACGUUCAAACACAAUCAUUCACUAAUUUAAUAGUGCUUUUAUGCGAGAAAAGAUGUUUUGGGAAUUUUCAGAUAUUUGCAAUUGUUGCACGUAAUGUAUUCCACAGAAUGCUGAGCUACCGGUUUGUGUUCUGGAAACUUUGACAACAAUAUGUUCUUAGAUAUUCAUUUUCCCCUUAUUACUCUGUAGGUACAUAUGUUACUAGUGGAAAAUUUCCAUUUCUUUUGCUCACUGAUCUGUUUCUUCUAAGUCAGUGUUUGAAAUGGUAUGACUGCAAUGUAAACAUCAUCUCUGCUAAAAACUCAAGCCUGGGCAGUGCUCACUGCCAGAGUAAGGGAUGGACUGACUAAAGAAUAAUGAAGUUCCUGCGUACAAGGAGAGGUCCCAAGCAGUGAGAUAGACUUUUUGAAAUCACCUAUAUACUGAUGCAGGGUCCCAGGUUCGAUACCCUGCACCUUUUCAGCCUGGUGGGCCUUGUUUGCGAGUAAUUGACGAAAAAAAAUUCGGAAUUUUGUGUGAUGGUCUACAACUUUGAAAAAAAGGAUGUUUAACAGAUAGAUUAUGCUGUGUAAUGGUUAAGGUAAGUCUGCAAGUUCGAAUCUCAUCAGAUGCUUUGAAUUUUUUUUUUCUUUCCAAAAAAGACUUUGGUCAUUAUUUUUGUUUAAUUACUUGGGAUAAAUGAAUUUUUUAUUUUUAUUCCUUUGUCACAUCACUUUAAUCACCAUAUUAACUUUUUUCAGUUGCUCUCAUUUUUUCUUCCUAUCAUUCUUUUUUCACUUGGGAUCUACAUGCAUGUGAAUUUAAUUCUUUUUAUUUAUCUACCGUAAUAUUUAAACACUUGAAACUGCUGAUGUAUCAGUUAAAACACAAACAACAAAGUAAUCAACUUACAUUAACUGUACAAUGGUGCCCAAAACAUUUUUUUCACUACAGGAUGUACAUUUUUUGGAUCUUAAUCAUCACACAAACAUAAAUCCUUAAUGCACUAUGACAAAAGUUACACAGAAGAAGAUUUAAAUGAACAAAGGGAUUAUAUCCACGUAAAAUGGAGACUGAAUGAUUAAAAUGAUGUGAGAAAGCAUUGGAAUUAAAAAUUAAAUUUAAAUCAAUUAAUUAAAUCAAAAGAAUCACAAUCAUCAUUUCAAUAAAGAUUUAAACACGAAAACUCUCAAAGCACCUCACAAGAUUUGAACCCACAACCUUUUGCAUUUUAUGUCUGUAUACUAACCAUUAUAUUGUCAACCAUCACUGAGAAUUUAAAAAUUGUUUCUGAUUGAUUACUCACAAACAAGGGACCAUCAGUGUGAACGGCUGCAGUGUGUGAUACCUGGGACCUUAACCUAUGUCACUGUAUAGGUGACUUCAAAAUGUUGAUCCUGCUACUGGGAACCUUGUCAACCUAUAAAAUGUACAAGCUCAAUGGUGAUUACAUAAAAAGUAGCUAAAUGUAUAUUAUAAACACCCAUGAAGUUCGUAUGAAAAUACUGUGCAUUAGAAAUGUGGUGUCACCGCCAGACACCACACUUGCUAGGUGGUAGCCUUUAAAUCGUCCGCAGUCCGUUAGUAUACGUUGGACCCGCCUGUCGCCACUAUCAGUGAUUGCAGACCGAGCGCUGCCAUACGGCAGGUCUAGAGAGACUUCCUAGCACUCGCCCCAGUUGUACAGCCGACUUUCCUAGCGUUGGUUCACUGACUUCUAUGCUCUCAUUUGCCGAGACGAUAGUUAGCAUAGCCUUCAGCUACGUUAUUUGCUACGACCUAGCAAGGCGCCAGUAUCCGUACUAUUGAUAUUGUGAAUCAUGUACCAUAAAGAGCGACGUUCGUCAUUAAUGGAUUAAAGUUAAGUAUUCCACCAGCUACGUCCGUUUUUCUCACUUCUAAUUCCCUUGUCAUGUUCCAGACCUCACGCCAGCCUGCAUGAGCUGAAACGCGUGCAUUUCGGCCUCCUUUAGGAACACGGUUGGCUCUCCUGCCAACCACAACAUUGGCGACGAGAGUAAAAGUGUUCUUAUCGAUAUUGCCCUGAUUUACUUGUGUAAUGGCUUCGCCACAAUCUCCAGAUGUACUGUCCGAAUUUUAUCGCUUACAGAAUCAGCAGACGCAGGCCUUACUGGAUGCCCUUGGACAGCUCGUCCAGGGUCAACGUGCAAUGCAAAACGAUGCGGCAGCAGCCGCUUCACCGCUAACGCAGCCACAAAACACUACUGCACCCACUUUUCGACCUUUUGAUGCUGCACUGGAAAGCUGGACGGAGUGGUCACGCCAAUUUGGAUUCCAUCUCGCCACCUACAGAAUUCAAGGUAACGAGCGGCAGCCUUUCCUGCUUUCUUCAGUAGGCAUGACUACGUACCGUGUGAUAGUCAAAUUAUUUCCCAGACGCGAAGUCGCAACUCUGUCCUACGAAGAAAUUUUGUCUGCAUUAGAUGCAUAUUUUAAAGAAUCAGUCAAUGUAGAUGCCAAACGGUAUACCUUCUUUCGUACAAAACAUACGACAGGUCAGACUAAUCGGGAGUGGGUUGCAACUUUACAAGGCCUUACUAGAGAUUGUGCUUUUGAGUGUCAAUGUGGACUCCCUUAUUCAGAUACUAUGGUACGUGAUGCAAUUGCACAGAACGUUUCUGAUGUUCGUAUAAGGGAACAGAUUUUGAAACUAGUAAACCCCUCCCUUCAACAAGUGAUGGACGUAUUGGAUCGGCAGGACACACUUGCCUUUGCUCAGGAAUCAUUUGAAACUUCGCCAGCAGUGUGUCAGGUUAACCGGCACACCAGGCGAGCUGCACGGAGCAGUAAACAGCCCACGCGCCCGGCCGCGCUGCUGCCGCCAGGCUCUCAGCCACGUGUACCGUGCUGGCAAGCAAAUGCAGUGAUCAAAUCAUGCCCGCGGUGUGCUACUAAACAUUCGCGUGAGAAUUGCCCGUCACACCAAGCUAUUUGCUUUUAUUGUAAUAAAAAAGGACAUGUUCAGAGUGUUUGCCAGAAAAAGCUCAGGUUGGAAGCUCAAAACCGUUCCAGGCCCUUUGCUUCGCGCCGGAAUCGAACCAAGGAUACUCAGGCUCGCGAAACUUCACCCAUGGAAAUUCAUGUAGUUCAUUCUACUCCGCGCAGUGCCACUCUAACAGUGACUGUGUUCAUCACAAAAAUAGUGUGUGUCGACAUCGCCGGAACUCCUGUCAAGUCGCAAGUGAUUAUGUACCAGUGUCAGUUCACGUUGCAUGAGACAGUCGCUCUUGUCGUCAGCAGGACAAUAAACUUUUUCUAGACUUGGCCAUUAACGGCAAAGUAAUACCAUUCCAGAUCAAUACCGGGACUGCAGUUUCACUGAUCAAUCAAGACACUUACAAACUGCUGGGCACACCUCCAUUGCGUGCCGCAAAUGUUAAGUUGCAUAGCUAUUCAGGUCAAAACAUCCCUGUGUUCGGACAAUGGAGCCUUCUUGCAACAUACAAAGGACAAACAAAACUUGUGUCAUUUUACGUCCUUCGUUCUUCUUCUGCAGUGAACUUGUUUGGUUUCGAUUUAUUUCAGUUGUUUAACUUGUCUAUAGUAAAUAAGGUCCUAUCAGUGAACCAGACUGUACCUUCAGACAGUUUUUCUUGUCUAUGUGAAGAAUUUGCAGAUAUUUUUGCACCGGGCCUCGGUUGCGCUAAGAACUUUAUAAGCACAUUUGGAACUGAAAGUAAACGCGCAACCGAAAUUUUUCACAGCGUGCAAUGUUCCCAACGCCUUGCGUGAUGAGGUCGCAAAAACAUUACACGAUUUGGAAUCACAAGGUGUGAUUGAAAGUAUGCAGGCUUCUUUCUGGGCAUCACCCUUAGUAAUUUUGCCAAAACCUUCAAGAAAGUUGAGACUUUGUGUGGACUUCAAGGCAAAAGCGAAUCCACAACUCGUGAUUGCAACUUUUCCUUUACCCCGCCCGGAAGAUCUUUUUGACAAACUGUGCCCGGAUAAAUAUUUUUCGAAGUUGGACCUCGCAGAUGCGUACUUGCAAAUACCGGUGGACGAAGAAUCCCAGUGCGUUUUGGUGGUUAACACGCAUCUUGGUUUGUAUCGAUUCAAAUGACUGCCAUUCAGGUGUGCAACCACCCCUGCAUUGUUUCAGCAAUAUCUAUAAACUGUUUGUGUCGGUCCCUACUGUAGCAAAUUAUCUGAAUGAUAUUGUGAUCUCCGGAAAGACGGAAGAAGAACAUUUGGACAAUCUCCUAACAUUAUUUCAGGUCUUGCGACAAAAUGGUCUUCGCUUGCGGAAGGACAAAUGUGUGUUUUUUGCUCGGGACUUGCCAUACUUGGGACAUGUACUCAAUGCCCAGGGCAUACAUCCCAGUCCCGCGCACCUUCGUGCCAUCCAAGACUUGCCGUUGCCGCAGAAUUUGAAGCAGCUACAGAGUGUGCUGGGAAAAAUAAAUUAUUACCAUCGCUAUGUGCGGCAUGCCUCUUCCAUUUCAGCUCCGCUUCAUCGCUUACGCCGUAAGCAUGUUCCGUUCGUCUGGAUGACGGAAUGCGAACGCGCCUUUCACCAGUUGAAAUCGGCAUUGCUUUCCAAUACUUGCCUUACACCAUUCGAUCCCCACAAGCCCCUCUUGUUGAUGGUGGAUGCAUCGGAUUUCGGGAUCGGUGCUGUGCUUGCGCACAAAGAUGGAUCGCACGAUCGCCCUAUUGCUUUGCGUCCAAAUUGCUCUCAUCUGCGCAAAGAAAUUAUUCACAGAUCGAGAAAGAAGCAUUGGCUCUCGUAUUUGGUGUUACAAAGUUUCAUGAUUUCUUGUAUGGUCGUCACUUUACCAUAAUUGCAGACCACAAACCUUUGACAUCGCUUUUUCAUCCUACCAAGCCUGUACCUCCACGUACAGCGCAGAAAUUCAUUCGCUGGUCUAUUUUCCUCUCGCAGUACCGCUACGAUAUCUUGUAUCGGUCCACUGCUAAGCACAGAAACGCCAAUGCGUUGUCCCGUUUGCCUGUUGCUGAGGAUAGGGCAUUCGAUUCCUCCGAAAUUGCUUGCAUGUUCAUUGAUGCAGAAACCGAUGA